UUUCAGUGCAUCCACGAGGUCUAGGACUAGGUGCGCCAACACAUACUACGGCAAGUGAGUGAAGUGGAGUGUGGAGCGCUAGCGGCAAUGGCGGCCUCCUCGUGGCAAGUGGCUCUUCUCGCCUUCGCGGUCUGCGUGCUCCCAGCCCUGCAGUCGGCGAGCGCGGCCCGGGCCUUCUUCAUCUUCGGCGACUCGCUGGUGGACAAUGGCAACAACAACUACCUCAUGACGUCGGCGCGCGCCGACUCGUGGCCCUACGGCAUCGACACCCCGGACCACCGUGCCACGGGGAGGUUCUCCAACGGCAAGAACGUCGUCGACCUCAUCAGCGAGCAGAUAGGAUCCGUGCCGGUGCUGCCGUACCUGAGCCCGGAGCUAGACGGCGAGAACCUGCUCGUCGGCGCCAACUUCGCCUCCGCCGGCAUCGGGAUCCUCAACGACACCGGCAUCCAGUUCGCCAACAUCAUCCGGAUCUCGAAGCAGCUGACCUACUUCGAGCAGUACAAGCACCGGCUGGCCAAGCUCUACGGCCCGGAGCGGGCGGCGCGGGUGGUCGGCGGCGCGCUGACGCUCAUCACGCUCGGCGGCAACGACUUCGUCAACAACUACUACCUGGUGCCCUACUCGGCCCGCUCCCGGGAGUUCUCCCUCCCCGACUACAUCAAGUACAUUUUGUCCGAGUACAAGCAGGUGCUCCGCCGCAUCCACGGCCUCGGCGCGCGCCGCAUCCUCGUCACCGGCGUCGGCCCCAUCGGCUGCGUGCCCGCCGAGCUCGCCAUGCACAGCCUCGACGGCAGCUGCGACCCCGAGCUGCAGCGCGCGUCCGAGGCCUACAACCCGCAGAUGGAGGCCAUGCUCAACCAGCUCAACGCCGAGGUCGGCAGCGGGAACGGCAACGGCGCGGUGUUCGUGGCAGUGAACACGCGCCGCGCGCACGACGACUUCAUCGCCGACCCCAAGGCAUACGGCUUCGUCACCGCCACCGAGGCCUGCUGCGGCCAGGGCCGGUUCAACGGCAUCGGCAUCUGCACCAUGGUGUCCAGCCUCUGCGCCAACCGCGACGAGUACGUGUUCUGGGACGCCUUCCACCCCACGGAGCGCGCCAACCGCCUCAUCGCACAGAACUACCUCACCGGCUCCACCGACUACAUCUCCCCCAUGAACCUCUCCACCAUCAUCCACCUCGACCGACACCUCCACGACUAGCUAGCUAGCUACAACCACAUUCAUCCAUGAUCCGUCGCUCAGCCUCCUCGAUUGCUCCAUCAUUUGCAGUUCCAUCACUUGCUUGAUGCUUUUUCAUACAUAGCAGCAGCAGCCUUCUUGAUUUUGUCCAAGAAAUUAAACGUUUAUGUAUUCAGUACGUGUGUUGUACGUGUCAGGCAGGUUCUAGCUA